CAGCAGUAUUCUAUUCUAUUCUGGCUAUAGGUUUCCCAGAUCAAAUAAUAGUUACCGAGAAACCAUCUUUAACCCCCUCAGCUCUCUCUCUCUCGCUGCUCAAACUGAAACCUAAACAACAGAAGAAGAAGAAGAAGAGAUGCUAAGAGUUGCAGGGAGGAGGCUCUCAUCUCUAUCAUGGAGGCCGUCGCAGACAACCCCAGCUUUCUUCUCUCGCUCCCAUAAUCCCUUCUUCUUAAAUGACACCGACGAAUCCUCCGAUCAAUCUUCCAGAUCCAUCAUAUCUUCCCAUCGUUUUACAGAUCUCAUCAGAGGAUUUUCUACUGAAGCCCUCGCCCCAGGGCAUGAUGUGGGCAUGAUCUCUGAUAUCCCAGCCACAGUGGCAGCUGUGAAGAAUCCUACUUCAAAAAUUGUAUAUGAUGAGUUCAACCAUGAACGCUAUCCACCUGGUGACCCCAGCAAGCGUGCAUUUGCCUAUUUCGUACUGACAGGUGGCAGGUUUGUGUAUGCCUCUUUGAUCCGUUUACUUGUCCUUAAGUUUGUUUUGAGCAUGUCUGCCAGCAAAGAUGUCCUUGCCCUUGCUUCCCUCGAGGUUGACCUAUCUAGCAUUGAGCCUGGAAGCACCGUUACGGUGAAGUGGCGAGGGAAGCCAGUUUUCAUUAGGCGUCGAACUGAAGAUGACAUCAAGUUGGCUAAUAGUGUAGAUAUUGGUUCUCUUCGAGACCCACAAGAGGACGCAGUGAGGGUUAAGGAUCCAGAGUGGCUUAUUGUUGUUGGGGUUUGUACUCAUUUAGGUUGCAUUCCCCUGCCAAAUGCUGGUGACUUUGGUGGUUGGUUUUGCCCAUGCCAUGGUUCACACUAUGAUAUUUCUGGACGGAUUCGCAAGGGGCCAGCACCAUACAAUUUGGAGGUACCCACUUAUAGCUUCUUGCCUGAAAACAAGUUACUCAUUGGUUGAGAAUUGGUGAGGGAGUUGCGUUUUUGGAAUUGAAUUUUUACUGCAAUAUUUCAUAAAGAUAGUUUCCUCUUCUCUGGGGAAGUCUGAUGACUUAAUUGGAAACGGAAUUUUUUUUUUUUGAGAAUCAAUUGGAAACGGAAUUUGUUUUCCUUUUCGUCUGUUCAGUUAUGUUUUUAUAUACUUUUAACGUUGUAUCUGCUGCCAGUUUUGGACAAGGUCCCAGUGUUCUGAAUAAUACAGCUGGAUUUUUGUUAA